CUAACCGCUAGUCCUUUACAAUGUACUGUUUAAUGAACUGCUUUUGAGUAUGUUUUAGCAGUAGAAUUUCUAGUUCGUAUAAUUUUAUGAGACAGUUUCUCUGGGGUCUAAAAAAGCCAAUUGUUGUUUUUUUGUGUGACUUACCUACUAAUCAGCAUGUCUGGUGAUCGAGGAUAUUCAGAGGGGAUUUCGCUGGAAAUGAUUUUGAUGAUUUCGAUGAUGAAGAGUAUUGUGAUAGAGCAGAUGAAGAUGAUGAUGAAGAGGAGGAUGAUGAUGAAGAUGAUUAUAAAGAAGAAAAUGCACGGCAGGAAACAGAAGAACAAGCACGAAUACUUCUAGAAAAAGCCAAGACAUCUAAAGUUGUUUUUGUUGUGAGAACGAAUGUUGCAUUCCAUGGGUCACUAGCGGAUGAUUGUCCUGUCCCCGGAAUGGCUGUCAGUUUUCAAGUGAAAGAUUUUCUACAUAUCAAGGAGAAAUUCAAUAAUGAAUGGUGGAUUGGUCGUUUAGUAAAAGAAGGUUGUGAUAUUGGUUUUAUUCCAUCACCUGCAAAGCUAGAAGCAAUGCAAAAUUUUGGAGCUAGAGGGAUGAGCAAAAGCUCAACAGGGAAUUUCGAUAAUGCACGAAGUGGAAAUUCAAGGCCAUCUACGCCACCAGCUGAUGGUGAUGCAAACAAUCGAAGUUAUGAUGAAGAUGGUAAUCCAAGACGUGAAACAUCAGCCGGUAAAGUUUCAGUCAGUACAAGAGGUGGACGUAAGCCAUUUUUUAAAAAGAGUGAUAACUUACCUCCGUAUGAUGUUGUACCAUCUAUGCGUCCUGUUGUUUUGAUUGGACCUUCAUUGAAAGGAUAUGAAGUAACAGAUAUGAUGCAGAAAGCUUUAUUCGAUUUUCUUAAAAGACGUUUUGAAGGAAGGAUCAUUAUAACUAGAGUAACAGCUGAUAUUUCCCUUGCUAAACGAUCUUUAUUGAACAAUCCUACAAGAAGAGCUAUUAUGGACAAGUCAUCUACAAGAAAUCAAUCACUGGAGGUUCAACAGGAAAUAGAACGUAUUUUUGAUUUAGCGCGUACACAACAACUUGUUGUACUAGACUGUGAUACAAUUAAUCAUCCAAGUCAACUGGCUAAAACUUCACUUGCUCCAAUUACUGUUUAUUUGAAAAUUAGUUCAACAAAAGUGUUACAACGAUUGAUUAAAACACGUGGUAAAUCACAGGCGCGUAAUAUGAAUGUACAAAUGGUUGCAGCUGAAAAACUUUUGCAAUGCACUAAUGAUCAGUUUGAUGUGAUUCUUGAAGAAAAUCAACUUCCAGAUGCUUGUGAACAUUUGGCAGAAUAUUUAGAAGCUUAUUGGAGAGCCAGUCAUCCAACAGGCAAAGUUACAAAAGCUGAACGUAUUCUUGGCAUUGGAACUGGUGGAAAUCAAUCGGUUGAAAGUGAUGCAACUCAUGUGAUGCAACGACGUCAAAGUAAUGCAUUUAAAAAUGAAAAAAAGAAGGGUAAAAGUGAUCAAGAGUCUAGUGGAUCUAAAUCCUAUCCAAACUCGAAUCUGUCACCAAGACGUCAAUUUGAAAAUGAUAGGCGUUUUGAGGAUAAACAUGAAUUAUCAGAAGAUUAUCAUCAUGGACAAUACAGUGAUUCACGAAGAAAUUGGAAUUCUUCUCGUAUGGAUAAUUAUUCUCCAGGUCAUAAAUCUCAUAUACCUUCAAAUCAGGUUUUACGACAGGAUAGUAGUUAUGUACCAGAACAUGGUCGAAAAAAUCACAUGCCAGUCACACCAAGUAACAGAUAUAAUCAUCCACGUUAUAAUGUUGAGGAGAUGGACUCACCAAUGGAGCAUGAUCGUUUUCUUUCGGAAUCAGAUUAUUCUAGACCUAGAAGAAAUCGUCAAGGCUCAAUUAUGAUCUAAAUAAACAUCCCAUAUUUAACUAGCAUAAUCAUAAUCACUGAUGAGAAAAAAAUAUAUUCAAUUUCUUCUGUUUACCUAUAAGUUUCAAUGUGUUUUAUUAUAAAAUAGCUGUAUGCAUAAUAAUCAUUCUCUUAUUAUCAAUAUUUUGUAUAAUAUUGUUUUUAAUUAUGUAUUUGCAUAUAUUAUUAUUAUUAUUAUUUUUCUGCUUUCACUGGACUCCCUUAGUAGUAACUUCUUCAUUCCAUAUAACAUUCCAGCUUAUUGUAAAUCAAUGAAUUUUGAUCUGAAAGUUUUGACUACAUUUUAUUCUUUGUUUAACUUAUUAUAAUUUGUAUUUUAAUAAUAUUCUACUUCAUUAGAAUGUUAAACAAAUAUUUAGAAUGUAUAGUACUCUCUACUUCAUCCAUAUAUAUAAUUUGUAAGCCUUUCAAUGUAUGCAUUAUAAAUUUUAUGGUGAUAUA